AUGGCAAAGAAAGAUAAAAAGAAAAAGGAUGAAGAACCAGCAGAAGUUGAAGUCCAGGAGGAGGUCAUGGAGGUCACGGACCUGGAGCCAGAGCCGGAGGAGGUCCAAUACACAGAUACGUCGUACACCAGCGCCUCCUUUGAGAGUCUACCUCCUGUUAUUGAAGAACCAAAGCCCAAAAAGAAGAAAGGCAAGAAAAAAGCCGAAGAGGUCAUAGAAGUGGUGAAAAAGACGAGUAGCGAAUUAUUCCAGUGGUCCGAGGAAUCCAUAGUUGGAGAAGAACAACAGAAGGUGGAAGAGGAAGAACCAGAGGCAAAGAAGAAGAAAGGCAAGAAAGGGAAGAAGGAAAAGGAAAAAGAAGAAAUACCGGCCUUCGAAAAGCCAAAGAACUGGAAAAGUAUGAAUAAGAAGGAGAGAGAAGCCUGGAUGCAGGCGAGGAUCGAUGAAUGGAGAGCAGAGAAAGAAGCGGAAAAGCAAGCAAUUCUAGCUGGAGCUAAAGAGAAGAGAGCCAAUCUGGCAAGGGAACGGGCUGAGUUAAUGGCCAAAGAUCACGCCGAGCAAGAUAUACGGAGAGACAUACUGGCAAAGACGUGCGCUCUGUUUCAUAAAUUUGAAAAGCAGAAAAUCCUUUACGCCAGAACGAAACAGUUGGAGGCUGAGUGGCAACAAUAUCUCCGUUGUGAUGGUCUCCCAGACCCCAGGGUGGUGACGCAGAUGAAUACAUAUCUUCACUUAUGGAGGAUCAGCUCGAAAUGCGAUGAUGAUGAACUCGACAUCCGGUGUCGCGAUGCUUUGCCGAUGCUGGCAAUGCUUGAAGAGUUUGUUGCCAACUCCCGCCAAUACACAGCUUUACAGGCGCAAUCAUAUAAUGAGGUCCGUCUAGCUCUCCGCGAACAACUCUCGCACGCGAUACAAUGCGCCUCGUACACGAUACUGCGCGACUUGGAGCACAAGCUGGUGUGGGACUCCAUCAAGCUGGCCACGUACGGGCGGGAGUUCAAUGGCCUGCGGCUGAACAUCUGGGUGGCGAUACCGUUGCCCACGAGGAGGUUGAAGCCUGUUGAACCGGAGAGGGAGCCAGUGGAGUUGUCGUUUCCCUCUAUGCGUGUGGGUGUGAAGCUGCCAAAGAUUAUAGACGGUAGCAAUGUGUGCGUGCGAGCCGCGAGGUCUAUGGUCGAUCUGUUGAGCGAGAGUUCUAGAUCUUUCGCGUUAGCUGCUGAAAUGCCCAACCGAUAUGAGGAUCUCUUCAUAUUCAACGUGAAGGAGCACGUCGCUACUUACAAGCUCAAAAAAGAGCAAGACGACAUACGUAAUAAGUUCUACAAAGAAAUCGGACAGAAGAUUAAGGAAGUCGAGACGUUCCUGAAGGCAAAUCCAUACACAAAGAACGAGAAAGAGAAAGAAGAAUUGGAUAACUUGAACAUGGCCGAGCCGCCGUUUCUGCCAGAUCCCAGGACAUUUAUUGGCGAACAAAAUGAACUCAGCUUUGCCAAAUAUCUAAAAACCUGCAUGACACGCACGCGCACUGGCGAAAUCAAUUUGAGGAAAUACAGAAUCUGCAAUGGAGUGCUAAAUCUAGACUUGCUAACAACGCCGCCGCAACCGAAACGUAUGCUGGGUGGUGUAGUUCUAACCGCUUUACAGCUUCCGAAGCAAUUGCAACCCAUGAAGUACCAAGUUCAGUACCGCGCGCCCUCGCCCCCCGCGCCGGGCGUCACCCGCACCCCCGAGGAGAUCGAAGCGGAAUUGAAGAGGAUCGAGGCUGAAUACGAGAAACUGGCGCUGGUGUUUAUUGAGUUACCGCAAGACAUAAUGUGGACGGAACCACCGGUAAUGUGCCAAUGGCAGGAACAGAGAAAGCUAUGGACCAGCAACUAUGUUAACGAUUAUAAAUUCAAUGAGGAUAAGCUCACAAUACAGUUCAGGACUGGCGUGUUAUGGCCCAUAGGAAUAGCGACAUUGCGAUAUGGCAACAUGCCGUACCAGGGCUGGGAUGUCAGACCGGACCCUAAUGGCAAGGGCGUGAUAGUAACCGUGACGGGCGUCUCCAUAACUGUCACGUGGGCGUGUCUCGGCAACACUGUCCGACUGAAGUGGAUCGCGAACGCGACCACGUCGGCGCUGAGACAGCACUUCAAUAAACCGUAUAGCGUCAAGAAGAUGAUACAGAUUAUGCGCGAGGCGGCGUGCGAUUUCUUCCCGGACUUCGACGGGCACAACCACGUGGAGGGCACGUGCCCCAAGGAGUGGGUCGCCGAGAGGCACAACUACCACGCGAUGGCGUUCCUCUCUAGGGCAUAUAACUUUCAGUGGAGCAGAUGGAACGCGUCCGCCGGCAGCCGGAAUAUCAUAAUGCAGCUGCGGGAAGCUGUGGACAAGAAAAGAGAGGGUAAAUUUCAAUUGCUGCAUGUGACGCCGCAGAAGGCCUGUAUUCUCAAAUGCAACGAGCUAUCACAAGAAUUCAAUACAGACCCGUCUGUUGGUAUGCAGUUCUAUCCGGAUCUAUUCACGCUGAACAUGUCCUAUGGCUCAGUGGACGCUCGACGAACGACCUUUAACAUGAAGUAUCGCCUGGUCGAAACUGUGUUUGAAAUGUUACAAGAGUUGAAAUUGUCUAGCUAUUCUUAA